CCAGGCUCUCAGACAUGGUCUCUAGGAUACACAGGCUAAACACACAAUCAUAUGGGCGUUGCCUGCUCUCUUUAAAUUCUUUGAAUUCUCGUAGCUCUUGCGCAGUUCGCUACUUCCCAUCCUGUUCUCCAGCGGCUCUCAGUUCGUGUAUCAAUAUCUCUGCAGUCAUGCCGUCUGAGUUGGAGAGUUCCAUGGAGUCCCUGAUCAUGGUGUUCCAUCGCUAUGCCGACAAGGACGGUGACGGCAACACACUGAGCAAGAAGGAGCUGAAAGAACUCAUGCAGACAGAACUGGCCAGCUUCCUCAAGUCCCAGAAGGACCCAGCCACCAUAGACAAGAUCAUGAAGGAUCUGGACCAGAAUGGUGAUGGGAAGGUGAGCUUCGAGGAGUUUGUCUCUCUGGUGGUGGGCCUCUCCAUCGCCUGUGAACAGAUCUACCAGCUCCACACCAUGAAGUCUACCGCCAAGAAAUGAGGGAGGACAGGACUAGGAGAAAGAGAAGCAGAAAUGGCUGUUUUUCUAUACGUCAUUUUUAUAAAUAAGUCUUACUGUUGUGAAUAAACACUGGCUUUCCCACUCUG